CUCCUUUGCUCAGUAAAACAAAAUGGCAGCCCCCAUGGACACAUCACAAAAUCUAAGUGGACCAGAAUGGAUGGUCGAAAAAGCUCAAAAAUGUGUCAGAACAGAUUUGUUUGCAUCAAAAUCAUUGCUGAUAACAGCAAGAUCACUUUAUCCUAGAAAUUUCCGAAUUCAGUUUGAGGCUUACAAGAUAGAGAAGUCAGCAAAGAAAACAACAGAAGGUGCAGCAAUCUUACUUGACAUGUUUCAACACUUCUUUGAUGAACCAGUGCUUCAAGAUGAACUUCAAGCACUUACAACAGCUUUGCAGUCUGACAGUCAAGAUUCAUCUGUUACCAUCCUCAGAGAUAUGUUUGAUUCUUUUCCACCAAAAGCAAAAUAUGAUAUUUUGCAAAAGAGCUCAGAAUAUGCCAAAAAUAUGAUAGAGAAGUCCCGCUGCAAGUUACUUUUGAUGAAGCAUUUUUCAGAAGCAAUUUCCCUAUAUGGAGUAAGCCUUGCAGAAAGUUUGAUUGACUGUGAGAAGGCGGAAGGAGAGAAAAGCGCCCUCAACCCAUACCGUAAUCUUCUUGUUUGUGAAGUCUUGCCAUUGGUAAUUGCAAAUAAACAGAUAGAUGUUCCAUUGAAGUUUUAUGCCAAGUGGCUGCAGAAAUCCAUGGCAUACUACCUUAGUUACAUCACCCACCCACCACGGAAACAUGAUCAGCUAGGCUCCUCAACACCAGUCUUAACUAGUCCUGGUCUUAACUCGCCACCCUCUACCAAAGUUUCUGGUUAUACUAGGCCUGGUUUUGAAGGGGCACCAAUAGAGGGCAGUGUUGAUGGCUGGGAGAAAAUGCAUGAGAUGAUUGUUAAGAUUGCUGAGAAGUGUGGCUGGAAUCUGCAGGCUAUUCCCAAGAUCUCAGGGAGUGUAACCUCAAGAUUCCAACAUAUAUCCGAGUGUUACCGUCAACAGCCCGCCGACUCCCCUGCUGUCAAUAAAUCUAUCUUUUAUUCAACUGUGCUGCUUUUUCUAAAAACUGCAUUUUUCUAUGCAAGCACAGUAGAUGCUGAAUCUUUUGCAAGUACAAGCAUUGGUCACCCAACAGCCCUGCUGCUUCUUGAGGAUCUGAAUGCGAGGCUGAAAUCAAAAAAACAUAAACACAAACACAAGAAAAUGAGGCUUGAUGAGAAUGAUAUCCCAUUGGAUUCUGAUAGUUCAGAUGAUCCAGGCCUUUCCAGUAUUCCAGCCAAUCUAAAGGUCAACAAGUCAUAUGGGGUCACACCAGAGUUGAUAGAGAACUUUGAGACUGCUGUUGAUUGUUGGAAACUGCUAUAUGCAAAUGAAUAUUUAGAAAAAGAUUUCAACUGGCUGUUGCACCGUUGGAAGGCUGACAAAUGGCUAUGGCUAACAUCUUUCCAAACUGACAUGAUGAUCUUCAAGGGAGAUUUUGCUCAGGCUUUGAGAAUGCUUCAAGAGAAACACAAGCAGAUGUCAAGCAUGCCCCUAGCAGAGGUUGCCAAGAAUAAACUGAAGAUUCUCCUGCAGAUGGCUGCUUGUCAUUUCCGCUUGGGUCAGUUCUCAAGUGCUUGUGAGAUGACCUUAGAUGCUGUCAAUCUGAUGCCAUCUUCUGAGAAUCCUGUAACAAAGCCGACUGCCCCCGAAAAACCAGCUCACGCCAGCAAAUAUACCCGCAUGCUGUUCCUGCUCCCGGUUACUGGAAGAGAACUCCUACCCUACUGCAUCCACUUGCUUCUGCAAUGCUAUAAGAAAAAAUCAUUUCACCACCACAAUACUAAGGAUGACAAAGCACUGGGUCACAUGAUAGUUUUAAUGCAAUAUGAUUGGCCAAAGGAGGAGUCAUUUUUUGCUGACGCAGUCAAGAAGAUCCGAAAACAAGGCACAUUUACCUAUCCCCUGUUUUUUAGGUUUAUAAUCAACAUUGAUAUUUUAGAGGAGUUUGCUUUCCUCGCUACAGAGGAGGGAGGUCCAGUUGAGCUUGAUCUUUUACCCCUCACACAAAGGCAAAAAGUAGUCACAAGAGGUGUUGUAAAAGGUGGAAAGGAAGAGUUCCGGAUGGCAUUGGAAACCCAAGUGAGAAGAUGCGAUGAGAAUGUGGAGUUCCUUUUGAAGCAGUUCUUAGUUAGUGAACGAGAUACAUUGCUUGAACAUCUCAUGUAAUUACUUUACAAAUAACUAAAACAGUGAAUAUUGUCUUUAAUAUGUGAGGGGUUUCUUUUAUCUUGUCAAUAAAGAUGUGAACAUUCAGUUGUAUCUUGGCGAUAGUCUGAAUGGAAUGCUUAUAUUGCUCAGUUUAAAAUGUUUUUACAAAUUACCAGUGUCAGGCCGUAAAAAACAAAGGGGUUUUAUAGCCAAAGAUAGUAGGCUGGCUGCAUACAUAGAGUUUUCGCGGGCUGCAAUAAAAUUGCCAGUGGGCAAGGUGUGGCCUGCGAGCAGCAGUUUUGCCCACAUGUGAAUUAAGCCAUUGUGUAAUAUUUUAUUUAAUUUUACUUUUUGUGGCUUUUUGUAAUAUAUUGUACAAACAGCUUUCUUCAACAACUGUAUAGAUGCUAAAGAAGCUGACUCCCAAGAUACUAAGUGUCAGAUAGAGGGAACAGAUACAGUAUGUAUGUAUGUACAGUAUUAUAUUGUUUUGAAAAAAAUUAAUUAUAUAAUAUUUUAAAAUGUCUUCUAUAUUUCUGGUAAAAUACCUAAAAAUUAAAUAGAACAUUGAAUUAUUAAUUUAAAAGGAUCAAUUAAGUUGAGCUCAUCAGCUGUCAAUGAAACACAGAUUAAAACAAUGUAGUUAUUGCAGAUUUACAAAAUUUUUACUAUGAAAUCCAUAAACUGGUGUCUAUUCAAAGAAUAUAUUUAUGCAUCUGUUAAUUGGCAAGAAAAACAAAUUAAUUGAAAGCAACUAACCCACUUAAAUAUAGAUAAUAAUCGAUAUAGUUAUUAGCUAAACACAACUACUACUGGUCUCCUUCCAAUUAAAGACCGCUCUGGGGCUGGGGUUUUCAUGGUCUUAGCAUAUAGAGAUAAGGAAUGUGUUAACAUUGGACCGGUGGUCUUUAAAUGGAAGGUAGUAUAUUUUAAUCCUAGUACAGUAGUAUUUUGCUCACAAUGCUAGGUCUUCUAGGGUAGAUCAUGCAAUUUCCAAAUGAUUUCUUUGUUCAAAAAUAGCAUGGACAUUACAUGGCGUGGUUGGCAUUGGAUUAAUUUUUACCAUCAUAAAAGAAACCUUGGUCAAAUCAUAAUGCUGUUAACUGAUGUAAAAUAUGUACUGUACAGGCCUCGCAGAAUUAUGAAAUUUUUGUUUGCCCUUCGGGUAAGCCAGGUCUCAGAUUUGGUUGCCCUCACAAUUUUUUACUUGCCCCCUAUAUUUAUUUCGCAAUUGACAAUGCUAGAGGUACCAACCUCACAUGACACAUAGCCUAUUAAAAAGUAGUACAAUCAACCAAGUUUAAUGAUUUGCGAAUAAAAACAAAUUUUGUAUUUUAUACCUAAAUUAAA